GGCAAGGGCGGCAAGGGUCUCGGCAAGGGCGGUGCCAAGCGCCACCGAAAGAUUCUUCGUGACAACAUCCAGGGUAUCACCAAGCCCGCCAUCCGACGUCUCGCUCGUCGUGGUGGUGUCAAGCGUAUCUCAGCUAUGAUCUACGAGGAGACCCGUGGUGUCCUCAAGUCCUUCCUCGAGGGUGUCAUUCGUGACGCCGUCACCUACACCGAGCACGCCAAGCGCAAGACCGUCACCUCAUUGGACGUCGUCUACGCCCUCAAGCGCCAGGGCCGCACCCUGUACGGUUUCGGUGGUUAA